UCUCAACAGUGUUACUCCGCGCUUUCUGUGCCCUGUGGAAAAUCUUUUGGAAAUGAACAAAUAUGGCUUGAUGGAUAUACGAACGCUGUACGAGUAGACUUUGCUCUCUUGGCAGGUGGAGUGUCGAAUCGUGACGAAUUCCGAUCACUGUUGCUGUCUUCUUCAGAACUGACGCGUUUUCUUCUAGUCAACCUCGUAACUCUCCUCACCUUGGCUUCGUUGACCGCUCCGCUUCCCUAUCUUCAGGAACCAACUCAUCAAGGAAAUCGAACAA